UUUCAUGAUUUUUGAGUAAUAAAAUAAGAAGCAAUAUUAUUUUACUGGCAAUAAAUAAUAAAACUGCCAACUGUGGUAUUUAUAAUAUAACAACGGUGUAUGACAACCAUUCCUGGUGGAGCUAUUAUGUGGAGAAGGGACAUCAUAACAUUCAUAGAUCGUAGCUUGUCCGGACUGAUGGCGGCUGCAGCAUCCAGUGCCCGACAGGGCCGUAAAUAUGCCGAAGGCACCCAGCCCUUCACCGUACUCAUCGAGGGCAACAUCGGCAGCGGGAAAACUACCUAUCUGAAUCAUUUUGAGAAGUACAAGCAGGAUAUCUGCCUGCUGACCGAACCCGUUGAGAAGUGGCGCAACGUGAACGGGGUCAAUCUGUUGGAACUCAUGUAUAAGGACCCCAAGAAAUGGGCCAUGCCCUUUCAGAGUUAUGUCACAUUAACCAUGUUGCAGGCGCACACCGCACCUACCGACAAGAAGCUAAAAAUAAUGGAGCGCUCCAUUUUUAGCGCACGCUACUGCUUUGUGGAGAACAUGCGCCGCAACGGCUCCCUGGAGGAGGGCAUGUUCAAUACGCUGGAGGAGUGGUAUAAAUUUAUCGAAGAGUCAAUUCAUGUCCAGGCGGACCUCAUCAUCUACUUACGCACCUCGCCAGAGGUGGCACAUGAGCGCAUCCGCCAGCGGGCACGUUCUGAGGAGAGCUGUGUACCGCUUAAGUACCUUCAGGAGCUGCACGAGUUGCACGAGGACUGGCUGAUCCACCACAGGCGCCCACAGUCUUGCAAGGUCCUUGUCCUUGAUGCCGAUUUGAAUCUGGAAAAUAUAGGCAGUGAGUAUCAACGCUCGGAGAACAGUAUCUUUGACGCCAUCUCGAGUAAUCACCAACCCUCUCCAGUUCUGGUGUCGCCUAGCAAGCGUCAGAGGGUAUCCAGAUAACAAUAUAGACUUUUGAUUUAAUAUAAGAAAAGCAGACGAGCCGAUCUGCAGGACAAUGCAAAGAAUAUGAUACACAAUCUAACCAGAUUAACUUUAACAAUUAUAAUCCACAUUAUAUUCUCUUUACUGAAACUAGUUCAUAAGCUAAAAAAAAAUUGUAAUAAAAUAUGUCAGUGUUUAUGUUAAUUUUGUUAGUGUCUGCUAAAAUUACUGGCAGUUUCCUAGAAGCAUUUGAGUAAAUAAGCAUUUCCUUUUAUUCUGUAUUGGACAAAGAAUUGAAUAUGAAAUUAACGCCUCUAUCUCUCAAAUGACAAAGGGUUUUUUUCAAUGAAAGUGGUUUUAAUCUAAGAAUACCAUAAUUUUCAACUUUCUGAAAAUUAAAGAAUGAUUUGUAUCAUGUUCACAAGACCUUUCAAAAUGUAUUGAAUAUUUAUAAGAAAUUCUAUGAAUAAAAUAGUGACUGGAAAAAUA